AUGCAGGUUCCCAACGUAACUUUGCAGGAGGAUCUCCAGGCUUUCCAAAGAAAGCACUUCCCCAGCGACCAGACACACCAGCCAUCGAUCCUAGAAACCGACGUGGCCACAGAUGAAGAUCUCGGGUGCUAUCCAGACGGGGUGAAACGAACGCUCACAGAUGAGCAGAUUGAAAUGUUCAGACACAGCGAGAUUCAUACCUUGCUUCGCAAGAGGCAGCUGCAGGAUGACAACGCAGAGUACGAGGCUCGGACAAAGAUGGCUGCGCAGGAUAUGAAAGAGUCCCAAGAAGACACGGUGCCAGAGAGUCAACAUGUGGACUCAGAAGCAGCUACUAGACCUAGCAGCGAUCACCAAGGACAACUGGAGCAUCAACAGGGAAACAACACCCAGCGCGCUGGUGCUGUCACUGCCACUACAGAGCCCUUAGACUAUGGGGAUGCAAGUUCGACUGCUCAAGCCCCGGCAGAAAACCCACAGAUCUCUCGGUCACAAUACCGAGGUCGCAAGAUUAUCUCCUAUGAUGACUGA